UACAGUGUUACUAAGGACUCUGGACCCUGCAUUCACUAUAUCUGGUCUCCCCGGACCCUGCAUUCACUAUAUCUGGUCUCCCCGGACCCUGCAUUCACUAUAUCUGGUCUCCCAGGACCCUGCAUUCACUAUAUCCGGUCUCCCUGGACCCUGCAUUCACUAUAUCCGGUCUCCCCGGUCCCUGCAUUCACUAUAUCUGGUCUCCCCAGACCCUGCAUUCACUAUAUCUGGUCUCCCCGGACCCCGCAUUCACUAUAUCUGGUCUCCCCGGACCCUGCAUUCACUAUAUCUGGUCUC